AUGGCGGAAACCAAUAGAUAUGAAGGCACCGUUAAGUGGUUCAGUGGACAAAAAGGUUUUGGAUUUAUUGCUCCGGCCGAUGACAGUGGUGAAGAUCUCUUUGUCCACCAGUCUGAGAUAAAGAUGGAAGGAUUUCGGUUUCUUAGAGAUGGACAAAGGGUAGAAUUUUCUGUGGAUUCCGGUGGAGAUGGGAGGAAGAAGGCGGUGGACGUGAUGGGUCUUGCUAGGACUAGACCCUAUUCACCAGGGUUGAGGCGUGGGGGUCGUGGGAGAAGGGGUGGUUAUGGAGGUAACAGAGGAGGAUUUGGUAGUGGAGGAGAUAGUGUGAGAGGUGGUGGGAGGUUUGGACGCGGCAGCAGUGGUGGUGAUGAUGAAGGAAGAGAUGGUGGUCCGGAGUGUUAUAAUUGUGGACGUGUUGGUCAUUUUGCAAGGAACUGUUACCAGGGAGGCGAUCGUGGCAAUGGUAAUGAAGACUAUGAUAAUGAUCAAGGUGGUGCUGGUGGUGGCCGUGGCCGUGGCCAUGGCGGUGGCGGUGGCGGUGGCGGUGGCGGUCGUGGUGGCCGGAGCAAAGCAUGUUACCAUUGUGGAGAAGAAGGACAUUUUGCAAGAGAAUGCCCGAAUGACCAAGAUUGA